CCUUAGCCCUUUUCCCUCUUCUGCUGCCGUGGUGACCGCGUUGGACGAUGUCGUCCCACAAGACUUUCAAGAUCAAGCGAUUCCUCGCUAAGAAGCAGAAGCAGAACCGACCCAUUCCUCAGUGGAUUCGCAUGAAAACUGGCAAUAAGAUCAGAUACAAUUCCAAAAGGCGUCACUGGAGGAGGACCAAGCUGGGCCUGUAAAUGGAAGCAGCUGCAACCCUCACCGUGUCUGUCUGACAACCAGCUUUUGUGCCCCAGGAUGGCUUGCCUUCUUAACAAAGCCCUAUUUUCAAGACUGAAUCUCCAUAUUAUUUCUCCUGUCCUCCUCUGUCCUUUAAAGUUUUUAUUUCCACAAAGAGGUUCCCAAAGGAAUUAAAACCAAAUAAUCUGGA